AAAGCCAGAAGCCCUUUCGAGCCUGCUGCUACUUUCGAUUCAUUCUGUGGAACGAGCUCCUUCUACCGCAGUCCAUCAUCUUCUCCGACUGCCGAAACCCAAUUCGUUCAACUCCGAUAUCUCCAUACUGCGGUGCCUCGCCACCGCCAACACUACAAGAUGGCUGACAAACCCAACCAAACCGCCCCUACACAGCCUACGACAGCGGCAAUCGUUGACACAACCCGUACUCGCCCAAUUCCUUUUAACAUCUCCAAGGUGCAGUCUUCUCCGACUGCGUCUAUUUCUCAGACAAUGGACCCCAACUAUAACACGACGCCGCCGCAAGCGACCACGAUGACUCGGGACACCAAGAAAGCUUUUGAUAUCAGCAACCUCAUGUCUCCUCCUGAGCCAUUGCCCUAUGAAAGCUUCAACCAGGGUCAGCAAAAUUCUGUGCCGAUGUCUUCCGGUAAGCAUCACGCACACGAAGCGACCAAGCCUAGCAUGCCAAUGUCGCCUCCUGUCUCGCCCUACAUCACAGGGUCGAGCAAUGUUCCCGUACCCGGAACACCAGCUAAAGAUCCGAUCUUGUACCCUCGCGACGAUGCUGCUUCAAGUCCAACCCAGCCGCCUCUGUUCCCUAGCACUGAAUCAAUCGAGCACCGUCGCAUCGUUGACGAACACAUUGUUGCACGACCUCCUGGCCUUUUUCGCGAGGGCUCACCACCCCACAGAGAGGAUUACGAACUGGCCCUGCAACUGAAGUCCCAGGUUAUGAGACUGUUUGCCAACAAAAGGAAGUCAUGGUACGAGAAGGAGCGGGAACAGGUCAGGGCAGACCGAAAGCUGAACCAUGCUCGGUGGAACAGCGUCGUGCGAUAUCAGACCAUCGCUCCAGCCAAGUCUAUUCCUACCAAGGCAACGAAACCUACCCCGACCAAACCCAAGGUCACUUCAUCUACCAACUCGAAGCCCGAUCGUAUUGUCAAACCCCAAGCUCCUCGACCUGUGCGUAGCAGCCCUCCGACUCGUCACAUUCGCCGUGUUAGCGCCACGCCGGACCCUGCUCGUCGUGUAGUGGCACCAAACAGAGAGGACCGCGACUUCGCAGCUCUACCCGACUAUUGCCCUCCACUAUCUUCGCUACCUGAAAAGCCAAACUCAUUAAAGGUGGACUGGAAGGGCGCUCCUAUCGACCUCAGCGACGAUCCUAACGUCCACUUACUCCACCCCGAUGAAACCAGCCUCGCAGCCAAUCUUCGGCUUGAUUGCGCCACCUAUCUUACGAGCAAGCGGCGCAUCUUUGUUCGUCGGCUAGAAUGUGCGAGAGUUGGCAAAGAGUUUCGCAAGACCGACGCUCAGCAGGCCUGCAAGAUUGAUGUGAACAAAGCCUCAAAGCUUUGGACGGCUUUCGACAAGGUCGGCUGGCUCGAGCUGAAGUGGAUGAGCAAGUUUGUCUGAAGUUACUUCAGACACUAUUUAUCGCAUGGAUCAUCUGGCAUGGUUCAUAAAUCGACGCCGGUACAUUGAUACCUGCAUGUUCGCCGCAUUACGAAGCCUUCUGUCCACCUCAUUACUGUUUAC